UCUCUCAGACUAUAUUUUACAUUUGAUAUAUUUUUUUAUAAAAUAAACAAUGUAUUCACCUUUAUCCCCACAAACUAGUCUUAGUUCAGAAUUGAGAAAAAUCAUAAAUGAAAGAAAUAUACUGAGUAUGCGGAGCCGUAUGAAAGUUUUACAUGCCUUAAAUGAAGACAGUGAAAAGUGCGAAGAGGAAAGAGAAAGAACUUUAAGAUCACAAGCUAUUCAAGAGAUAUUAACCACAGAAGUUACUUAUUUACAACAAUUAGAGAUUUUAGCAGAGUUUUUUAUACAACCUAUUCUUGAAAGAAAAUUAUUGGAGCAUCCAUUACUUGUUACUCUAUUAGAGAAUAUAAAAACAUUAUAUAAUGUGAGUGGUGAAUUAGUGACAGGAAUAAAACAUAAUCCUGACAAUAUAAGUCAAAUAUUUCACAAACUAGCACCUUUCUUUAAAUUGUAUUCCAUUUAUGCUUAUGAUUAUACACAAGUGCUAAAUCUAUUACAGAUAAGUCAAGAGAGUGAUCCUGCAUUUAAAAAGUUUAUUUGUGAUCAAGAAACAAGACCAGAAGUAGGCAGAAAGUUAGCGUCAUUGUUAAUUACACCAGUACAAAGAGUACCGAGAUAUCAGUUACUUGUUAAAGAAGUAUUACAACAUACUCCUUAUAGACACAGAGAAUAUAGAUCUUUACAAGCAUGUUUGGUUGAAAUUGAAAAAUCUGCAAGACAUAUAAAUGCUCUAAUCGCACAAAAUGAAGAAAUGCAAAAAUUGUUAAAUCUUCAGAAGAGCAUUGUUACUUCGAUUAAUCUCGUUAAGCCUGGUAGAAUAUUAAUCAAAGAAGGAUCAUUGAUGCGUGUUUCAAGACGAGGCAAUUCUGCUUACAAAAGAUACUUUGUACUCUUAAAUGACACUUUACUAUAUUGUAAGGGUGAACCAGGAACUUCAUUAAAUGUAUCUUGUGUUUUACCAUUAAACAAGUGCAGUUUAACUUGCGUUCUAAGCAAGAAACUGUUUCGUAUAACAUGCUUGCAUGAAACGUUCCUGUUAUAUUCAGAAAAUGGCGAUAGCGACGAAUGGAUACAAUCUAUUGAAAAUGCUAUCAGAAAAUAUACCGAAUGUAGACAAACCUUGAGAAAGGAAAGUAGCUCAAGAAAACCGCUUAGACAUAAGGAUAUUAAUAAAUUUCCAUCAGAUGAUAUACCAAAAAAAUCUAUUAAAAGAAAAAGAGAUGAACAGAUAUCAUUGGAUUCUUCCAAUAUCAUAUACUUUAAAAAGGAUGAUGAAGCGGAUGAUGAUAUUCCACGAGAAAACACUUGUUUAUUCUUUUACAAGAAAUUUAAACGAGAUCAGUUUUCUAAUACUAGUGAUAUCACUUCCCAAGAAAAAUAUAAAAUUACAUAAAAUUUAAACAAGCAAUAUGUAUCUAAAUAUAAAUAUUUAAGAAAAUCAAAUAAUUAUAACAAUGAUGACGCAGCAACAAUGAGAAUGCACGAAACAAGUCUACGUUCAAUUGCAUCAAGAGUCGAAGAAAAUGCAUCACCAUUUCGGAUAAUUGGCGAAUUUUUUACCCACAUCGGUACAACCAUAAAAGAUUUUAUAGCAAUGGAAGGCCCAUUAGAAAUAAAAAACGCUGGCACAGUCGCUGAAGAGCCUAUAAAAUCUGAAGCUCCUGUACAAAAUCCUGAUAAUAGCGAGCGAAGCGAUGGUGCUACCUCUCCACCACCGAAUUGCAGCAUUUGCCUAGGAAAAUUAGUUAAUACAUCUUUUACGGACAGUUGCCUGCAUCAAUUUUGUUUUAAUUGUUUGCUGGAGUGGUCCAAAAUAAAAACGGAAUGUCCUCUAUGCAAGCAAACGUUCAAGUCGAUUAUACACAGUGUGAGAUCGGAGGAAGAUUAUGCUCAAUAUCAUAUACCUCGGGAAUUAGCAUCACAAAUUUCUCAACCACAAGUUAGUGCUUUGGAUUUAGGCUUUGGUUUUGAAAACAAUGUUGGACAAUGGGACGUUCCCCGUCGAUUUCUUUAUAGGACGACAAUGACUGGCAACCGCCGUCAUGGUGUGCUAUUAAACCCAGAACAAGUUGCAAGACGCGAGCAAUUGCCGAAUAUGGCACCUCAAGUGCCUAGAGAAGAGCGCCGACGUAGACGUGUUGAUCCUACAGAUUAUCGUCGUACCGUUUAUAGACAUGGUAUAUGGGCUACUUCAUUACCUGACAUAUUUGGACGUUUCCGCGAAUGUAGUGCCGAAUAUUACAGAAGACAACCACAAGAAUUAGAUCGUCUUAUACCAUGGUUAAACAGAGAGUUGCAAGUUUUACUCAAUAAUGAACCAGGCAUUAUUGCAUAUGCAUUGAGCAUAAUAAUGAAUGCCCUAACUCGAUUUGAUAUUAGAAGCCCUGAAUUUCGCAAUGUUGUGCAACCUUUUUUCGAUGCACAUACUGAUCAUUUUGCACACGAAUUAUUGAAUUUUGCCCAAACCAACUUUGAUUUAAUUGGAUAUGAUCAAUCUGUUACUUAUUUACCACGCGGUUUAACAAAUGAAUAUUCAACCCGUAUUGUAUCACCUAUACUUAGUAAUAAUAGUCGUAGUAGCAGUACUACUUCUGAUAACUCGGAUGUACGAAUACUCGAUGAAGCAAUUGAUUUAAGAGUAAAUACCGAAAUGCCGAGUACAAUACCACAUUCUAUUAGCAUGCCAGGUCCUAGUACAAUAGGGCAAGUAUUUCAUAGAGUAGAACCACCUUACAAUGUACCAGAAGUCUUAAUCGUUUCAUCGAAUUCCUCUGAAUCAGAGGGGGAAUGCGAAAUAAUUGGCUAUGUAAAACCACGUCAUGAAAGGACACCAGAAAUUAUAGAGAUACUUUCUUCUGAUUCUAAUUCUGAUUCUGAUGUUCCUCAUAUAUGUACUGGAAAUACACAAUCGAAUCUAAGAAUAUGUCCGGAAAACUUGUCACUACCAAGUACAUCUCACGCUGUAAAAGCAUCAUCUUUAUCAUCUUGUACAACAUGUACUGAUACUAAUUCCGACGACAAUCUAAAACAAAGUAAACGAAAUCAUGUCAAGAAAUCAGAAAAAAAGACAGUCGUACAAAAGCAUAAAAGAUCAUAUGGGUCAGGAAACCGCAAUAAACGAUGUAAAAAAAGAAGUUCCAGUUCUGAUUCCAGCUCGUCUGAAAGUUUACUAAAGAAAUGUAAUGAAAAACGAUCGAGAAAGACAACGUACAGAGUACAGGCUAAAGGUACAGGACGAAUAAAACUUAUUAAAAGAGAGGAAAGUUAUUCGGAUGAAGAUUCGUCUAAUAGUGAUAGUAGCAGUGCGGAAACUGAUAAUAAAACAAAAAUCAGUAAGUGUCGUAGACAACAUAGAUCGAAAAGGGAUCGUUCUCCCAAUGUAAACGAACAUGCAGCGAAAAGUACAAGAACAACGAGAAACAAAGAGAGAACUGAUUCAAUUCUGGAAAAGUUGAAGUCCAAGAACAAAGAUCAAAAAUGUAAUGAAAGCAGACAAUCCAGAUCUAGAAGUAGCAGUGUAUCUUCUAAUGCUUCUGAACGAGAGAAACGGCCAAGUCAUAGGCAUCGAGAAUCUCGAAGCACAAGCGAGUAUGGAAAUCAAGAAGAUAGUGCCUCAAUAAAUAAUAAAGAUAUGCCAAGAAGUGAACGUAAAUCUAAAUCAAAAAAGAAAACUUAUUAUUCUGAAUCUUCCGAUUCAGAAGACGAACAUUUAAGGUCCAAUAGUCAGUGUAGUAAUCAUUCUAAUAGAUCGCAUCAGCGUUGGAGAAAAUCAAAACGUAAAGAAAAACAUAAAGACAAAGAGCGUCACAAGUCCAGGAUAUUCAAUUUAUCACAAUCCAAUGCAAGUACAAUCUUAACAAUGUCUAUUUCAUCGAAAAAUGGCACGUAUCCGACAAAACAUUCCGAUCGUAAUAAUUCCGAUUAUAAAGAAAAACAUUCGCGCAAAGAAUCCAAGCAUAGAAAACCUGAAAAUGAAAAGAAAUCGAGACUAAAGAAAAAAAAGCGACGUCUCCGAUCUUCUUCCACCUCUAAUUCAGGAUAAUAUUAUUUAUAAUAUAUCCAUCAAUGAUUUAUAUUAGUCAAUAUUAACAUUAUGUAAUAAAUUUCGAUUUAAGAUAA